CUUGUGUGAAUCAUUGAUCACGUGACAGGAAGAGCCGCUGUUCAAAACACAGUCGCAAUGGGGCGACUGAACGGUGUUUUUGCUUUUAUAUUAUCACUUUGUUCGAUAGUUAAUUGUUACCAAAGAGAUUCAACACCAUAUCGAGACUCUGAUUGCCCUGAAGGAGCCCCCGUAGGUUUAGGUGUAAACAAUGGUCGUAGAAUUCCAGACAGUGCAUUUACCGCAUCAUCCUCUCACAGCAACAGAGGUCCUGCUAAAGGCAGACUAGAUGAACAAGCAGGUGCUUGGACGGCUAAAGUCCAGGAUGCCAGUCAAUGGCUUGCUGUGGAUUUAGGACGAGAAUACGUCAUCACAAAACUUCAAACUCAGGGUCGACAGGGAUCAGGAGAAUAUGUCAGCGAAUAUAUGUUUGCAUUCUCCAACGAUGCCAUUACGUGGAGAUAUUAUACAAAUGAAUUUGGCAUUAGAGAGAUGUUUAUUGGAAAUCAAAAUUCCGAAAAGACAGAAACCAGAGUUCUGAAGUACCCUGUGAUGGGGCGAUACGUCAGAUUCCACCCCCAGCGAUGGGUGGAAAUCAUUUCUCUGCGAGUGGAAAUCUACGGCUGUCCUUACACUCCUGACGUGGCUCGCUUUAGUGGUGAGGGUUAUAUCCAUUAUGAUUUGUCAGCGCUAAAUCCCCCGCCCAGUACCACUGCCGAUCAGAUUAAAUUCCGCUUCAAAACCAGCAACCAGAAUGGAGUGUUACUGUAUGCAGAUGGAAACCAGGGAGAUUUCAUUGCUCUGCAGCUUCAUAGAGGAAACUUACUGUUCAGCAUUGAUCUAGGGUCGACACAGUUGAAGCGUGGAUUGACUCAACAAACGGGGGGUAGCUUAUUGGACGACAGUCAGUGGCACGAUGUCAUCAUCAAACGGAAUCACACAAAGAUGACCCUGAUCGUAGAUAGACUAGAGACCCAUUUUGAGACUAAUGGACUCUUCUUUAGACUGAACUUGGACAAAAAGAUAUAUUUGGGAGGCCUGCUGACCUUUAACAUGAAUGGCAUUACCGUGAAGUACAACUUCGAUGGUUGUAUGGACAAUGUUGUGUUUAAUGGAAUACGAAUGAUUCGAGACACUAAGAAUGGCUUCCAGGGCUUUUCUAUGGUAGGAGUAAUGCCGGACGCCUGGAACUGCAAGAUGACCGCCCCAAUGCCUGCGACAUUUUACUCUCUGGAUUCCUACGUUCUUACCACUAGUGAUGCUGGUGGAAAUGCAUUUCGAGUCCGUUUUGACUUCCGAACACAUGAUGAGGAUGGAAUUCUUCUGUACCAUGAAUUUCAGGAAGGGGGGACCAUCAAGGUUUUCCUGGAUAAAGAUGGAUAUGUAAACUACCAGCUGCAAGACAAAGGUGGUCAACGAAUAGAAGAUAAAGUUCGAAACAGUGAGUGUGGUUACACAGUGGGAAUAAGCUUCCGUGGCUGCAUACGAAAUAUUGUCCGCGACUACAAACCUCUGGAUCUGACGGGUACAGAUUUCGUCAGCAAAGACAUCCAAGUGGGAACAUGUGGUCUGAUAGACAGAUGCACUCCCAAUCCAUGUGAAAAUGGGGGUGUCUGUGACCAAGACUGGAACACGUUCAUCUGUGACUGUGGAACUUCCGGGUACGAGGGAGCAGUGUGCCAUCGAUCAUCUUACUACCUGUCCUGCGACAUGCACAAAAUGUACACCUCUGAUGAAAAUGAGGAAAAGACAUUCAUCGACCCCGAUGGUUCCGGGCCACUGGAUCCAUUCCAGGUUUUUUGCUCUGGAAAAGUUGAACUUGGAAAAGAGGUGGUAACCAAAAUAGGGCACAACAGUGAAGACCUAAUCACGGUGGACGGGUACCAAGCACCCAACUUCUAUGUUCGUCAAAUCGAGUAUGAUGCUGACCUUCCAGAAUUGACGGCUUUGAUCGAGCGAGCUGCCACCUGUACGCAGGGUCUCUCCUACAAGUGUCGCAACUCUCGCCUCCUGAUAAGUCCAGGAAGUGAAGCUCCAGAAUAUCCACAUUGGGGAUGGUGGGUUGGCAGGACCUUCCAACCGAUGUACUACUGGGGAGGGGCCGCCCCUGGGUCAGGAAAAUGUGAGUGUGGCCUGACAGAGGUGGGAUGUGCAGGAGGGGAGACACUGUGUAACUGUGACUCGCGACUAAACGAAACAGAUGAAGGACAGAUUCAGCACAAAGACUAUCUGCCCAUUCUGGAGCUUCACUUUGGAGACACUGGAACAGCGGUGGAUAACAAGCUUGGUUACCAUAAAGUGGACAAACUGGAGUGUAGAGGGGACAAUUUACUGGACAAUGUUAUCACCUUUAGAAAACCAGACGCCUCCAUACAUCUGUCAACGUUUGAGGCUGAGCCAUCAGGAGACAUCUGGUUCCAAUUCAAAACUACAGUUUUUGAUGGAAUAAUGGUUCACCAGUCAGGACAACCAGAUUUUAUCAAAAUAGCUAUAGCAAACGGCAACACAGUCCAGUUUAGCUAUGAUGUAGGAAAUGGGGCCCAGGUCAUUGAGUACAGGUCCACUAAUGCCCUCAAUGAUAACCAUUGGCACACGGUCCACGUGGAAAAGAACAGAAAAGAAGCUUGGCUACGAGUGGAUAAUUUGCCGGCACAAUCCUCACAGGAGGGAAUUGGAGAACAAACCAGGACAUUAGAUUUAACAGGAUUUCUAUUUAUUGGUGCCAGCGUUGAAGACAGGAAUGGUUAUGUGGGAUGUAUGAGGGGGUUGAGGAUCAAUGGUGUCCUUCAGGAUCUAAGGGGCCUCGUACACAGAGAGGAAGUGACAUAUGGGGUGUCUGAGGGCUGCGUGGGAAAAUGUGCCAACCAGAUGUGCUUUAAUGGGGGCACCUGCAUCGAGGGUUACUCUGGGUACACUUGUGACUGUGCCUAUACACCUUUCAGAGGAUGGAACUGUGGUCGAGAGGUGGGCGUAAACUUGCUCAAGGAAUACAUGGUGAAGUAUGAGUUCAGCGCUGAGCAGGGUCUUUCUGCCACAGACUUCAUGCACGUGAGAGUGGGGUUCACCACCAAAAAGAAGCAGGGCAUCUUAUUGCAGCUUCAGGAUGCCACCAACUCGGAAUACAUAUCUCUAGAAGUCAACAAUGCUGGUGGUAUUAAGUUUGCCUUAGAUGUGGGAUCAGAAAGAUUUGAGGUCAAUACUCCUAACCAUGGAAUCGACUAUACAAAUGGUCAGCAGCACGAGGUCAGAAUGUGGAGAACUGGAGAGAAUGGACAUUUGGUCCAUUUACAGGUUGACAACUAUCCAGAGGAAGCAUUGUCUUAUGGGACCAAAUUCAGCGACAACAUUCUAGAUGAUCCCAAGUAUCUCUAUGUGGGAAACAACAGUACACAGUCAACAGCGCGGGGAUUUGAAGGCUGCAUAUUUAGAAUGGAAAUAGACAAUGUCUACCCAUUGAAGAGAGCGUUCCAGGAUCCAAAGCCAGAUUUUGUCAUGCUUUACCCUGAUGGCAAAAUUCGAGAAGAUAUGUGUGGUUAUGAGGAAACGACUGUGCUGCCUGACCCUUUCGAAUCCCGUCCCAUUAACCAGGGAGAUCUAGUGGACAUUACAUAUCCUACACCUACUGAUCCAGGCUUAUCAAAGAAAAUCAUAGGAGGUGUGGUAGGAGCGAUUUGCUUCAUCAUUCUUGUAGUCAUUGUUGGGUUGUUGUUUUAUUGCCGGGACAAAGGUGAUUAUGAAACGAAAGAGGCAAAAGGAGCAGACAUUGCUGAAAAUGCCGACGUUGCCGUUGUGUUUAAUCAAACUGGUGUUCCAGACAUUACCAAACGCCAGGAAUUUUUCAUGUGAUCAGCAUCACAUACCGAUAUUGACCAGAUAUGGUCAGUUUUAGGAUAAUUUAUAAUCUCUACUCAAAGUCCAUGAAGCUUUACAAGGAUGGUUGUUAAAGUAUUGAAGAGUAACACUUGUGAAAAGUUUGAGAAUUUAUUGAGAGACAUUUCUUCAGAAUUACUUGUGCAGCAGUCAUACUACAUUCCCAGAAAUUGUGAUAUUAUGCAGAUGCAUGUAUAUUUCUUUGUAUUGUAUAUUGAGCAGAUGAUCCAAGUCCUUGUAUGUGUAAACCAGUGGAUAUUUCUUUGUAUUGAGCAGAUGAGCCCAGUCCUUGUAUGUGUAAACCAGGCUUCUCUGUAUAUAUAUAUACAUACAUAAGUUUUGUGUGGGUGUACUUGAAAAAGGAAUGAGAGUAGGUGUGAAAUUAUUAGUCAGAUCAUGUGAGUGAAAAUCUUGUAUGAUUGGAAAUCUGUAAUUUUAUACUUUGAGAGCUUUGACAGAUCUUUUUGUGAUUCUGAAGCAAAUUCAUAUCACAAGACACAUCAUGUACUAAACAUUUAUCAUGUCAUUUCAUGUACAUCAGGAAUUCUUCACAAUAUCUACAUGUAUAUAUAUUUCUUCAAUGGAUAUUUAAGCAUUUCUACAAUUCUUAUAUUUUAUGCUUAUCGUGUGUGUAUGCAGGUGCCACAAUUGCAUUGUGCCUAACAUUUCAUUGUAAAAUUCUACAUACCCUUCCCUGUUUUACAGAUGAAUUUUUAUAACAAUAAAUAUGAUUUAAUAGACAA